AAAAAAGUAAGAGCAAGAGAUGUCUCGUCAUAAUUGCUUCCCGACUUCUCCCUCCCCGAACCACCUUUGUUGUCACGCCGCACUUUCCGUUUGCUUUUAAGCAGUCGAAUGAGCACUGGCUCAAUGCCAAGUAGCGAUACGAGUUGAACAGCCUUCACCUAACUCGAGGCAACUGCCUUCUUUAUCCGACACCCUAUCCCGAGUCACGACGGUACACUGCGACUUCUCAUUGCCUCUCCCACCAACUGCCUGCGUCCGAUCGCCCUCUCGCGAAGCUUUGAUACGAAAUCAAAGCAUUCAGACGAAAGCUCAAAGAUCAAAGGCACCACUCCCCGCCGCAAACAUGCCUCCGAGCAGUGGCGCAAACCGAAUGGCCCAGUACGCCAGGAAUGCGUCCAUGGACUCGGGCCUCCCAAACGGAAGCAACAACCAGACAGAUCAACUGCGACCCGGGGCAACUGGCUUCCCUACUCGACAGACCAUCACCGAGUCUGCGAGGCUACCUGCCCCCAAGCCUCUCGCGUCUGCCAUACCCUUGGCGUCCCACAUCCGCCAGCCUGAGCCAGGCCUUGCCCAACCUCAAUCCGCACCGCCCAUGCAUCCUCGCCAGCCUUUGCCCGAUAGCUCCCCGCCUCCACCGCAACGAAAACGAUCCAAUUCGCAGAGCAGCGAUGGGCCUGGUUUCUGGCCCGAGUCUCACAUAGAUAGUCAGUUUGGCUCGCCUACCACCCAACGCACCGAGCGAUACGACACCGGCAUCGACGACCGCCUCGGUGCGCUGCCGCACUUACUGCAACCCGCUGCUGAAGUGCCUGCGAUGCCCAAGUUUGAGGACACCCAUCAGCCAAUGGGAAACAACGGGAUGCCGAGCUUCAUCAUUGGCAAGGACGGCUCAAUGAGAGUUAUGCCAAAGAACCAACAUGCUCUGCCAAUUACACACCACGGCGGCAUGGUACACUCGCGAGAGCAGCAGCUUGAGCAUGAGGAAUACUCGAGCGAACCUCUCUACAACAACCACCAGUCUCCGCUGCGCCAGACAAGGAUUGCGAUCCACCCCACUACCGUGAAGCGACCGUACGGGCCCCCCGCCUUUGAGGAUGACGAGGAAGUCUUCUCCGACGCUCCAACUCGUAAAGUCCCACAUCAUCAGCAAAACCUAAGGCGUGUCAUUAGAAGAGACAGGCCUCCGGAGUCCCGGCGAGUCGAACUCUUUCCAGAGGAAGAAGAAGUCGACGGCAGCCUGGCUAGCGACUAUCCUGCUACGGAGGACGACCACGGCACUCCCCGCGCUAGUCGUAAGAAGAGUAUGCCAACGGAUGUGCCUCCCCUUGAAGGCCCGCUUCCGAUUGCGGCCCGCGGCCAGCGAGACAAAUCACGGAAGCGACGUCGUGAGAAGUGUGACUACGGAGAUGAAGAGCUCCAGAGGAUGACAUACUCCCAACUACGCGAGCAACCCUUUGACGAAGAUCCUGCCAAGACAUCCCUCCCAACGGCUACGCCUCUGAACGGCGACAGCCUUUCAGUCAAGCUCGAACAUUUCAAGGACCAGCGCGAAUCCGACCAGAAAGCCUUCUUUAGUCAGAUGAGUGUUGGCGACUGGGAGCGGUCCGGCGAUUGGUUCCUGGACCAGUUUGGCAGUGUUGCGAAGAAGUUGAAAGAGGCGCGCAAGGAGAAGCGAGACAUGGUUGAUCGUUUCGAGACGGAGAUUGCCAAAAGGGAGGAGGCAGUCCGCGUCCGGACUGAGAACAUUACAAAGAAGCUGAGCAAGAUCCGCCACAAGGGCGAAGACAUGUUGGCAGACAAGGAGGUUUGACUGCAUCCUGCAGAGUAUCAUCACAAGGCGCCAUGGAUCAUUUUAUCGGGUGCCGGUGCAGGCAAAAGGGC